AGCCCCUCCAUACUGACUUACCACUCUGAUCUGCUGCCCUGGUUUUCUAGGCAGAAUGGUUUUACUUGUUUCAGUGCUCUUCGGCAUACAGGCGCUUUGCUCCUGGGCUGCCUCUCCUCCUGCCAGAGGAGCACUGACUGCAUUGCUUUCCCCUGCCUGCAAUGACACUGCAGUAGAGGAGGCUGCAGACCUGGCUCUUCGCCAGAUCAACGCUGACCGAAAAGAGGGCUACGUACUCCGCCUGUACCGAAUCUUCAAUGUCCGAGAACAUCCUCAGGAGAUCACUGGUUCUGUCUUCUAUCUCAUCUUGGAUGUAGCAGAUACUGAAUGCCAUGUACUGAGCAAAAAGUUGUGGAAGAACUGUACAGCCAGACUUGGUCAUACAGCUGUUUAUGGUCAAUGCAAAGCAAUUAUCUACAUUAAUCAGGCUAGAAAUAUUGCUCAUCUGAAUACUUAUGAGUGCAUUUUACAACCAGUUCCACCCAGAUAUAUAUGGACUGUAUGUCCUGACUGCCCAGUUGAUGAUUGUCCAACUGAGCCCAAAUAUUUGGAGGCUGCUGUUCAAAGCCUUGCCAAGUUCAAUGAAAAGAGUGAACAAACUCGUUAUUUCUCUGUCCUCAAUGUCACAAGAGCUUCAAUGCAGUGGGUUGUUGGUCCUGCAUAUUUUGUAGAGUUUUUAAUUCAGGAGACAUCCUGCUCCAAAAAUGACACGAUUGCCGACUUCUCCAAGUGCAAGCCACUUUCAUCGGAACUAGCUCACAUAGGUUUCUGCAAAGGCUCUGUAGUAAACAGUGAGCUGGAACAUAAACAGCUUGUCACAGUAUCCUGUGAAAUCUACAGUCUGCAGGAUCCUGCCACUGAAGAAGGAAAGCAGCAAGCUAAUCAGACACCUGGAAAAUCCAGCCAGAAUCAUCUACAUCUAGAAAAAACAGUGGGCUGGGUUAAAAUUCUACCCCCUUCAACUGAGGACAUCGAAAUGAAAAGUCAAAGUGAACAUAAAGACGGAAAGCCAGUUCCACCUGAGGCUGUAGGAUCUACACCCACUCUUGAUGGAGAAAAGACUCAAGCAGAUAAACCAGACUUGACCAAGCCAGUCACUGCACCAGUUAUUCUCCAUUUUCCUGAAGAACUUUCUCUAUCAGACUCAUGCCCAGGAGAAGAAAAGGAGAUAAAUUCCAUCCUCCAGCCUUUGCUGCCUAAAAAGCCUGCCAAAGUCUAG